AUGUGUUUUCUUGGUGUUUUUGGCAUUAUUCUUAUGUCUAUUGUCAAUGAAAUAGAAUUUCACCAAAUCAAUGAUAAAUAUGCUAAACUUAGUUGGUUUAUCAAAUUAACUAUUACUUUAUCAACGAUUGUUCUUAUUGGGUUAAUAUUCUAUUAUCAUCGUUUAGAUAUAACUCUCAAUUCUAUUAAUAACUCAAUUGGUAAUUACCAUAUUACAAUAACAUACACGAAAAUAUUCUUUAUUGCAGUUGAAAUAUUAAUUUGCGCUAUACAUCCUAUACCUCGCUCGUUUCCUCUUCAUUCGAAUACAUCACUAGAAAACAUAAGUUCGAAUUCAACAAUAUCUACUCAUGAUACUUUUUCUACGGCUAUCGAUAUUCUACUUGGUGUGCCAAGUAAGUAUCAAUUUCUUGUUUCUCCUUAUCAGAUUUUACAAUCGAGUAAAUUAAUAGUGUUUGCUCGUCUUUAUUUGUUUGGUCGUGUUAUCAUGUUUCACUCUCAUCUAUUUCGUGAUGUAUCACUACGAUCCAUUGGUUAUCUUAAUAAAGUAUCAAUUAAUUUCUUCUAUCUUAUGAAAACUCAUCUUGAACGAUUUCCAACACUUUGGUUAACGGCAUUUUGUGUAACUUUCUGUAUUAUUGGAAGUUGGUGUUUACGUGCAUGUAGUUACUUGCCAAAUAAUCAACAUUUAUCAGUGGCCGAUUCAAUGUGGUUAUUCAUUGUGACAUUUAGUACAGUUGGCUAUGGAGAUUUGACACCUUCUUCAUACUGUGGACGAAGCAUUGCUGCUAUAAUCGGUUUGGUUGGUGUCUUUUCAACGGCUCUUGUUAUUGCUGUUCUUGCACAAAUGCUUUUGUUGAAUCGAUGGGAAAAAUAUGUGCAUAAUUUUGCAUUGCAGGCCGAAUUAGAGAAAGAACGUAAAACACAAGCUGCAAAUAUAGUUAAAUUUACAAUAAAAGUUUGGUUUUUGAGAAACAAAAAUAGAUCUGAAUUAUCUAUUCGAUAUCUUCAGGCACAACGGAAACUAUUUAAUUCCAUAGAUUCUCUUCAAAUUAUUAAACAAAAACAACGACAAUUAAUCGACCAUUGUGUUGAUCAAAUUGAUAUAAUUACUAUACAACGUAGUACAAAUGAUAAAACAUGUGAAAUUUCGAAGCAAUUAACAUUCCUGAAAACUAAAAUUGAUAACAUGGAAGAGAAACUUGUUGAGAUGAAUAUAAAUAUUAACAAUACAAUGAAUGAUAUACAAAAAACACUUCAUAUGUUGUUGGAUAAAGUUGAAAAAUAA